ACGCAACAGGUCCUGUUCACACUGAGUCUCCAGUCUGAAGCCAUUUUGCUUGGUUAUGGGAAUUCCCCAAGUCUCACAGUGAAAUUGCUUCCCCCCUAUUCACCAGUUUCCUUAAAAAGUGCAUGGCUCUCCGACACAAGCCAAACUGAGUGGGUUAUAGAAUCAUGCUUAGCAAGUGAACAACACAAUGGAAGGAAAGGGUCCGUAUCGCAUCUAUGAUCCUGGCGGGAGUGACAUCAAGACCAGGGAUGAGGUUGGAGGAGGAAGCAGUUAUCGGCAGCUCCUGGAGGAGAACAGCAUGCUGAGGGAGAGGAUGAAGGGUCUUAAGAGCCUGGGCGACUUGCUUGAAGAGUCCCAGCUGGAAGCGUCAAGGCUUCGUCAGAGAGUGGAGGAACUUGUGCGAGACAACGAGGCCCUCAAGUCCUCCAGCUACGCAGCCAGUCUGUGCGUAGCAGGACCUGUUCGCACUGAAACACAAAGCAAACCUUGUUUGCAUCCCACUGCGGAGCCGAGGGAAGAGGAAGCAAGCUGUUUCGCCAAGGCCAUUCAGCCUAACAGACUUAAUGAUGCCUUAUCAGAGUUUGAAUUGGUCAAUAUGGACGGAAGGACUUCAGAUGCGUUGACGGCCCGGUCCACGACUGGAGUUAUCCCUCUCCUGCCUCAGGAGAACAUCGAGCUGGCGAGCCAGUUGAAGAAACUGGAAAGCUCCUUCAGCAUAUUCGCCGAGGAGUCCAACCCAAACCAGCUGUUAGCUCACCUGGGCCGAAUGGCUGUGGAGUUUCACCAUCUUUCCUCUAAGGUCCAAAAAAAUGAACAAAGGACGUCCCUUCUACAGACUUUGUGCGAGCAGCUCAGACAAGAGAACAAUGAGCUUCGGAAGAAAAUGGAAGAGGAUCAUCAUAUCAGGAAUCGAGAUUUGGAACAAUUGAGGCAAGAGAAUCAGAAACUGAAAGAGCUUGUAACUGGAGGAGCAUCAGCGGCAUCAACGUCAGCAGCGGCAGCGGCGGCAGCAGCAGCAGUAGCAACAUCAUCUUCAUCGUCGUCAUCUGCGGCAGCUUCUGACACCGAAGCUCCCGACACCAAAGAUGAGCCAGUUAAAGAGGAGUGUGCCACGGUGAGGCCGAAGAUGGAAGCCACUACGCCACAGAAGAGUGGAAAAGCUGCAGGGAAAAGCCCAAACAAACCUUGUGAUGUUGAGGUUUACGAAAAGAAGAUCAAGCUCCUGGAGAAGCAGAGAAAAGAUGUACUUGAAGUGAACAAGCAGUGGGACAUUCAGUGGAACUCGAUGAAGUCACAGUUUGAGCAGAAGAUCACAGAUCUCAGACAAAGGCUCGCAGAAUCCCAGAAGACAGUGGUUGAACUGGAGGCGGAACGAGAGCAGAGGCAGCGAGACUACGACAAGAAACUGUUGCUGGCAAAGUCCAAGAUUGAAAAUGUGCAGGGCGAGAAGGAGUGUCUAAACACUGAGACCACUGAGUUGAAGCAGAAAGUCCGCUACCUGCAGGACCAGCUGUUGCCGCUCAGCAAGCAGCGAGAGUACCAGGAGAAGGAAAUCCAGCGUCUGAACAGGGCUUUGGAAGAAGCCUUAAACCUGCACGCCCCGUCAUCUUCCCAACAACCACCCGGCCAGGAUGCUGCCAAUAACCUGAAGAAACAGGAACUACUCACUCAAAUUGCUGUUCUAAAAGAGCAGGUCAAAAUCUUUGAAGAAGAUUUCCGAAAAGAACGAAGCGACAGGGAACGAAUGAACGAGGAAAAAGAAGACUUGAGGCGGCAAGUGGAGCGACUGCAGAUUCAAAUUACUAAUCUGACCAAUCAGCUCCAUCAGGCACAAAAUGAGUGUCAGCGAGAACACACAGAGAGAUGCAAGCUGGAGAGACUACAGAUGCAGCAUCAUAAGCAGGGGCAGCAACAGGAAAGACGUACCUCAGACCCUACGUCAGGCUCAGUGAACGGCCCGCUGAGCCCCCCCUACUGUGGUCCCUUUGUGCAGGUGGGACCGCAGGGCCUUGAGGGCUGGCCCAUACACUUCCCUCCCCGGAUGCCCAAUGCCGCAGCCGCAGCAGCUCCACCCCCUGUACGAGACUUCCAGCCUGGUACCCCGGUAAGGGUCCUCAAAGGUCCCUCUGUCUCAGGCGGGUUUCCAUGGCAGUCUUCAUCAUUUCUACAACCUAGAGGACCUAGAGCGGUGGGGGAGAGUUCACGACCAGCACCAGAUAAUGCAGAUCAAUCCGCAGCAACAGCAGCAGCAUCAACAGCAGCAUCAACAGUUGGAGGAGGAGGAGGAGGGGCAGGAUUUGGAAAAAGGGAGCGACAGAAUAUAGAUCCUGGAAAGCACUAAAAUGUCACCACCUGAUGGAAAUUGGGUUGUAGCAUGAAAUCAGUUUGUUUUGAUUUGAAAAAAGGUGUGAUUUGAUCUAUAAUUUUCCUACUGAACUGUAGAUAUCCUAUUGUAAUGUUGUUUAUACUUGCGUUUUAUAAGGCUAUUUGUGGAACACUUCGCUAUUCUGAAUAUAAAACUAUUUACAUUUUGCGUUUUUUUUUUUUUUUUCUUGAACUGAAGUUUUGUUAAAUGGGUUGGAAUACUUAAACACUUAUACUCUUUGUAUCCAGAAAUACACCUUUUUGUGUUCCAAUCUGCAACAGCUUGUAAGGUUACAGGAAGCCAUUCCCCACUAUGAGCAAGACUAUUGUCAUUCCAACAGUAACUGCAUAGGUAAAUUCAAGGACUACAUCUACAAAAGUGAAUGUUUAAUUGAUUUACGAAGACUUCCGCAGUAUGUUGAUGUGAUAGAAAUGUCCCAUAUGUGUAACUGGUCAAAAUGUGGUUGUUGCAUACAAACAUUUUUGGGCUUGGGGAGGGGAUUUUGAUGGUAUCAUACCAUACAAUUGUGAUUGAUAAUUUAUUUAUAAUCUGCUGUUUUCAUAGUUGCAUUGAUUAAGUGUGAAUCAUUGUCUUUUAGUAAUGCUGCUCUAUGUUGUUAGUGUAACCUGAUAUAUUGUAGCUAUACAUUGUAUGUUUGUUUCAGACACAGUACACCAACGCACAGUGCAUACAUAAACUUUUACUUUUCACCAUGAUGAUGGACCUAAUCUCAUUAAAAACACAGCACUUCUACGACGGUUUAUUUGACCACUUAAUGCAUCUUGUAAUUGCAUUUCUAGCCAUGUGUGCGGUAUCUAGCAGUUAUGACUGAAGUCAUGACACAUGCCAACCAUCUUUAAUCAGCAUGCAGAGCAGAUGGUGCAGCAGCGCCGACACCUCUGUUAUUACUCUGUGACACCUGCCUUGCCAACUGGCACGCCGGUUCAGGAUCCCCGUUAUGAUACACAGGAGACAUAACUUCAGAUUAUAACAAUGUUGCUUCUGUUUUUUUUAAGGUCACUCAGUCUCAAGGUCACACAUCUAAUAUGUGACCUGUAUACUCACAUAUGGGAGCAAUGAGGUAGUCAGAUGAAGGGCUUCAAAAGUUUGAGCGCUGGGGGGUGGGCUUCAUUUUUAACUCAUAAAUUAACUAGGAAAAAUGAGUUGAAUCCUAUCUGUGGGAACUAAAGGGGGAUGUUGCUGAAUCUGCACUUUUUGAAAAGGUUUUCUUUAGAACGACUAGCAGUUGGUUUCUUGGUUUGCAGACCCCUUUUUCUGUUUUGCUGUAGGCAAAAGCACAUGUGAGACUUUUGUAUUUGACUGGCUUAAUAAAUUGAUUCUAAAUGUUUA